UGGCGAGGUACUCGAAGGGGCAGGGGAGGGCGGCGGUGAGCUUCAACCCGACGGAUCUGGUGUGCUGCCGCACGCUGCAGGGGCACAGCGGAAAGGUUGCUCGAACAAGAUUUUAAAUAUUAGUGGGCACACUUCAUAUCCUUCCUUCCAUAGCCCCAGGAAAAAAGUCAGCUGUAGUACCAAGUCAUCUACGAUCUAAGGGAGAAUCACUGGUCAUAGUUGUUAUGGCGCCGGCAUAGCGACGCCAUAUCGUUGCCACAUCGGUGUGGUGGUUUUCUGGCUCUUGCCAUGUCGACACCACGACGCUAGUGGGAAUGGCGUCCGCUGCUGCCGCCCCUGCGCUCCUCACCGUCCGCCGCCACCCCUACACUCGGUGUCCGCCGUUGCCCCUGUGCUCCUCGGUGUCCACUGUCGCCCCUGCGCUCCUCGCCAUUCGCCGUUGCCCAGUGAGAUCCCUGCUCUGCUCCUGCGCUAUUGCUCCUGCUCUACUGCUCCAUCGGCCUGCGCUGCUUUUGUUCUGCUGCUCAAGUGUUGAAGGCCUCAAGCUCUAUUGCUCUGCCCCUGAUCUGCUCAGGUGUUCAAGGCUUCAAGCUUUGAUGUGUUGUACUGCUAUGCUCAAGUGCUCAAGUAUUCAAGGCUUCAAGCUCUACUUUCAGAACAAGGUAUAUUCUCUGGAUUGGACUCCUGAAAAGAAUUGGAUAGUCAGCACCUCGCAAGAUGGAAGGCUAAUUGUAUGGAAUGCAUUAACAAGCCAGAAAACACAUGCCAUAAAGCUACAUUGUCCAUGGGUGAUGACAUGUGCUUUUGCACCUAAUGGCCAAUCUGUUGCCUGUGGUGGUCUUGAUAGUGCGUGCUCUAUUUUCAAUCUUAACUCGCAAGUAGACAGAGAUGGGAACUUGCCAGUAUCAAGAGUUCUUACUGGGCACAAGGGCUAUGUUUCGUCAUGUCAAUAUGUCCCAGAUCAGGAAACCCACCUUAUUACAAGCUCAGGUGACAAGACCUGUGUUCUGUGGGAUGUUACUACCGGCCAGAGGAUAUCAAUAUUUGGAGGUGAAUUUCCAUCAGGGCAUACAGCUGAUGUUUUAAGUGUGUCCAUCAACUCAUCAAACACGAAUAUGUUUGUCUCUGGUUCGUGUGAUGCAACUGUGAGGCUGUGGGAUUUCAGAAUUGCAAGUCGGGCAGUUCGGACCUAUCAUGGACACGAGGGUGACAUUAACAGUAUCAAGUUUUUCCCGGAUGGCCAUAGGUUUGGUACUGGCUCAGAUGAUGGCACGUGUAGAUUAUUUGACAUGAGAACAGGACAUCAACUUCAGGUGUACAGUAUGGAGCUAGAUAGAAAUGAUAAUGAACUACCUACUGUUACAUCUAUUGCAUUUUCGAUAUCAGGAAGGCUCCUUUUUGCUGGGUACUCCAAUGGUGACUGUUAUGUGUGGGACACGCUUCUUGCCGAGGUGGUACUUAAUUUGGGAAACCUCCAAAACUCCCAUGAUGGUCGAAUUAGUUGCCUUGGGAUGUCAUCUGAUGGGAGUGCAUUGUGUACAGGAAGUUGGGACAAAAAUUUGAAGAUUUGGGCCUUCAGUGGACACCGGAAAAUAGUUUGAAGACCAAGUUUUCUCCACAUGUUGUACGUCUUCCUCAUUGUGCCUUAAGAACGGCGAUCAAUUCAGCUGGUUUCUGGAAAUUGCUUUGUUAUCUUUGUAGUAUAGAAUCUUGUAUAUCAUACCUUAUGUUCAAUGGAAAAUGCAAUUUGUCAGCAAGACAUUAUGUGUUGUAUCAUGUUAUGCUAGUGACUUUCUAUACUCUUAUCACCAGAAUAUCAGCACCGAUGUGAUC